UUCGUUUAAAAAAUGAAGCACAGUUGUUCAAGAGUCAAGACAAAGAAGUAAGAAGCAUACGAAAUUCAGCUGAAGCUUGCUUUACCGUUCCAGUAUCAAGAGCCGAGAGAAUUAAAAUCGAUCCUCUUUCUGCUCGAGUGUCAUUGGACAAUGACUUUGAAAGCGGAUUUGCUGAACCCUGGUACGACAGUUCACCUAACACGGUCCAUUGGGUCGUAGAGACUUAUAGUUAUCCGACGGAAAACUAUCUUGCUCCACCUCCGGCUAAUGGUUACAAAUACCUACGGGCUGUUCGUGACGCUCGUUUGACCCCCGGCCUCCUCACGCUGCGCACGGUGACAUUCACGGCCUUUCCUGGCGAUGAGAUUUCGUUUAAUUUUUGGAUUCGUUCCAAGUACAUGGGAGGGAAUACCCUAGAGGUCGUCCAAUCCGUUGGUGGUGUCGAAACCAUUUUUCUGGUACUGUCAAGAUAUUCAACUGAAGAUAAUUUCGAUUGGCUUGGGGCCUCUAGUCCUCUGCCCAUCUCAGAACCGACUGAAAUGACGUUGGUAUUCUACGCCUUUUGCGGGGGAAAUGCUGAAGAUGCAAUCGCUAUUGAUGACAUAAUCUUCAAACCUUGUGAAGAUUGUACAACAGCAAUAUCAUCGACUUCAACCACAGAAACAACAACGGAUUUUACUGACUCCACUUCCACCGAUCCAGUCUCAUCGACUACAACCACUCCGGUUAUCACGACAGUUUUCACUCCUCCCACUGUUCCAUGUAUUGGUCCACUUUGUCCAACAACAACGUCAACGGAAACAACCGCCCCAUCGACGACGUCUAAUAAUGCUGGAACAACUGUUUUUAAUCCCCCAACAGCCCCUUGUGUGGGCUGUUUGAAAAUUGAUCCUCUUUCCGCUCGAUCGUUCUUGAACAAUAAUUUUGAAAGUGGCUCUGCGUAUCCUUGGUACGACAAUUCGUCGAACUCGCUCCAUUGGGUCGUCGAAGAUUUCAGUUCUCCGACGGAAAACUAUCCCCCUCCUACUCCAAAAACUGGCGCCAAAUAUUUGCGGGCCACUCGCGAUGCCCAAGCGACUCCCGGCCAACUUAUCCUGCGCACCGUGACGUUCACGGCAUUUCCUGGAGACAAAUUUUCGUUCAAUUUCUGGAUUCGAUCCAAGUAUACUGGAGGAAACUACUUAGAGCUCGUAUUGUCUUAUGGUGGUGUUGAAACAAGUUUGGCAGAGUUGUCGGGUUAUUCCACUUCAGUGAAUUUAGAAUGGCGUCCAAUGACUGUUCCCAUACCGAUUUCAGAACCGGCUGAUGUGACAUUUACAUUUUUCGCUUUCUGUGGGGGAAAUACCGAAGAUGCUAUUGCCAUUGAUGACAUUGUUGUGGGAUCUUCUGGAACUAAACCAUCAACUUCAGUAACUACCCCGACCACUACAACUACAACAACGACAACGACCACUAGACCAGCUCCUUUACAGGUUACCACUACAUUUUUCACUCCUCCUACUGUUCCAUGUAUUGGUCCACUUUGUCCAACAACAACGCCGACCACUACACCAGCCCCUUCACAGGUUACCACGACAGUUUUCACUCCUUCUACUGUUCCAUGUUUUGGUUGUCCAACAACAACGCCGACCACUACACCAGCUCCUUCACAGGUUACCACUACAUUUUUCACUCCUCCUACUGUUCCAUGUAUUGGUCCACUUUGUCCAACAACAACGCCGACCACUACACCAGCCCCUUCACAGGUUACCACGACAGUUUUCACUCCUUCUACUGUUCCAUGUUUUGGUUGUCCAACAACAACGCCGACCACUACACCAGCUCCUUCACAGGUUACCACUACAUUUUUCACUCCUCCUACUGUUCCAUGUAUUGGUCCACUUUGUCCAACAACAACGCCGACCACUACACCAGCUCCUUCACAGUUUACCACGACAGUUUUCACUCCUCCUACUGUUCCAUGUGUUGGUUGUUCAACACCAACGCCGACCACUAAACCAGCUCCUGGAAUUUGCGGUGGUACUUAUAAUUCUGCUAGUGGCACCGUCACAUCACCAAACUACCCGUCUCCAUACGGUUUCGACGAGGACUGCCGGUACAAAAUCUCGAUCCCGUCUGGUAAUGGCAUCAAGUUGACGUUCACUUACUUCAAUACUGAAAACGGCUAUGACUUUGUCAUGGUUUACGACGGACCCACGGCCGCCUCUGCAGUUCUAUUGCGGACUAGUGGUUACAAUGUCAACCUAUCGGUCACUACAUCAACCCGCGAUUGUUUGAUAAUGCACACGUCUGAUUGGAAAAACAAAUUGGUGGGUUGGACGGCGACUUACGAGUCCGUCUGAUCCGGCAUUAACUAAUCGCUGUAUAAUAAUAAUAUUGUCCCUAUCUGUAGAGAUUAUUGACUUGUGUGUGGAACGAAAGUCUAAUAGUGAACAGCAUUUACUGCAUUGCAA